UGCAUACACCCCGAAGUUUAUUACCAAAGAACUUUUAGAGUUUUUUUUUCUUUACCAACCUGACAGUCGCUGAACAACUGUGAAUAUUCAUCUACCCAGCGACUUGGAUUACAUUUAAAAGAGCGACUUUGGAGAAACAUUAAAGGUGUUUAAUUUCCAGACAGACUGAGAGCUGACCUUGUCGUGCCCUCCCAGUCAACCUCUGAACCUCCGUUUGACCUCACCUCUUCUUCGCUUCUUGUCUGUGUGGUGCCAAGUGCUCCCCAGGCUGCCUAGAGUGCGACCACAGCGCCAUGGUAACUCACAGCAAGUUUGACUCCGCAAUGAGCAGCAGCCUCUUGGACUCCAACAUGCGGCUGCCUCACCGUUACAAGACUUUCACCUCCAAGACGCAGUACCAGAUGGUCCUCACCACUCUCCACAAACUCCAGGAGAGUGGCUUCUACUGGGGCCCCAUCACCGGAAAGGAAGCCAACGCCAUGCUGGCAUCUGAGACAACCGGCACUUUCCUCAUCCGGGACAGCUCAGACAACCGUCACCUGUUCACCCUCAGUGUCAAGACUGCGUCGGGUACCAAAAAUUUGCGUAUCCAAUGUGAUACAGCCUCUUUUUACCUGCAAACAGACCCUAAGAACAUUCAAUCCGUACCCCACUUUGACUGCAUCCUCAAGCUGGUUCAUUACUACAUGCCUCAGAGCAAAGGGAACACCCGCACUGGGAAUAUUUACUACAUUUAUUCUGGAGGAGAGAAAAUCCCUCUGGAGCUUCUCAAACCUCUCCCCUGUAAUUUGUCCACCUUGCAGCACAUGUGCAGGAAGACAGUCAAUGGACAUUUGGACAUUUCAACUAAAAGAGACCAACUUCCUCAUCAUCUUAAGGAAUUCCUCCAGGAAUAUGACUCUCCUAUUUAAGAGGCAUUUGGCUGAUGCUCUUGAGGGGGCAGAGACUUAAGAGUGCAACAAAGAAACUGGAACGUUUCAGCCACGUACCAGACGAGUGGGAAAGCUGCAAUGACAAAGCAGAGUCAAGAGAGUCAAGCCUAAGACUGAGCUUGUCGAAAGGAGCAGUUUUUUUUACUGACAAGAAGUGUGUGGUUCUCACAGAAAAGUAGCCAUGAGUCUCUUAAGGUGCACAUUUCAGUAAGAGACACUGGAUUGAGGACUAAUCCACAAAAAUGGCCAAAAGAAAGAAAGCACUGUGUAAUCUGGUUUUAAAGAUAGUUAACUCCACAGUCCUUCUCUGCCUCACUGAUGACGUACAACUUACUGAAAACUGAAGUGAGGCUCACAGUCAGCUGUCUACAGUCUGAUGACACACAGGUUCCUACUGCUGCUGCUGCUGCUAACCAGUGUACUGUGAGGCUGUUAAGCUCAUGCACAUCAGCCUCAGAAAAUGCAUCCAUCUAUUAAAUCUGGACUGGCUUUUCUGAACAGACCAGCUUUUUUUUGCUGACCUUGGAUGAUAGUCUUGGACGUAUUAGAUGCAUCCAUCCAGUAUCCUGGGAUCUCUCACCAAGUGUACGCUGGAAAUUCACAGACAAAUGGAAACUUAAGUGGACACUGUUGGCCUUAUGGGUGCAUAUUUGUACCAGCCACAAUGAGAAGGGCUGAACUUAAAAAAUAUAUAUAUAUUGACAUUUGGUAUGGUUUCAUCUGAUACUUCAUUUAGAGGAAGGUUUUUAUGCCAAACUUGCCUGAGCUAGACAACAGUUUGUUAGAAAACCAACAUGGCUGAAUCCUACCGGAUUUUACUUGAGAGUACAGUACCACUGCUGAGCUAUUAACAAAUCCCAAGAGUCAGACUUUUAAAUGGCUUCAGUGGUGUAGGAAAUAUGUACACCAAAAUAUGUGGUAGUAUUUGUGGCACCGACAGGAUGGUCACUGCUUACAAAUGAAUGUAUUAAAUAUGGUAUCUAUCUUUUCCUAGUAAGGAGAAGAAUCAUAAUGUAUCUUAUUUUACUGUUUUGUCCUUAAAACGAUGUUUACAUAAGUGAAGAUGAAAUGGUAAAUCUGUUUUUUGUGCUGUCUUUUAUAAAGAUGUACUUUUGCCAGACAAACCGCUGGCUGUGGAUGCUUGAAGAUAUUUGAGAAGUUUGACGAAGCAAGCAGACUGAUACAACUUUGCACUUAUUUAUAUUCUCAAGAACAUUUCAGUAAUUUAUAAUAAAGAGCACUAUUUUUCUAUGA